CAUUGCUGUUGUGGUUAUACAGUGAAAACAUCCGGCGGCUCCUGUGCACCCUUGGGAACCAAGGCUGGGGGUCUCCGGGCCGCCGUACACCGGGGGAGUCCACGGAAUCUGUCUUUAAAAACCAAAACCAAACAGGCACGGUAUGGGUUUGUUCAAGUGGCAAACAUGGAAGCCAGUGGCACAGAUGAUGUGGACAAACUAAAAUCUAGAUUCUUAUCGGCUUGGCGUAAUAUGAAAUACAGUUGGGUUCUUAAAACAAAAACUUAUUUCAGGAGGAACUCCCCUGUUUUGCUGCUUGGCAAAUGCUAUCACUUCAAAUAUGACGAAUCCAACGAAUCGUCUCCCGGUAGCUCGGACUCCGGCUCGGUAAUAAACGAAGAGGAUUUUGGGAAUGUCGAAGAGUUCCGUAGGGACUUCAUUUCCAGGAUAUGGCUGACGUACCGCGAGGACUUUCCACCAUUGGAAGGAUCGGUGUGGACUACGGAUUGUGGAUGGGGGUGCACUUUGAGGACUGGUCAGAUGCUGCUGGCUCAAGGACUACUUCUUCAUUUCCUAGGAAGAGACUGGGUCUGGCCAAACGCUCUAGACUUCUGUGACUCCGAAUCUCCUUUGUGGCCGAUCAACAGCUCCCGUAGAGUUGGAGCUGCUUUGGAGAACCAGUGGACUGGAAACCAAACCAAUACUACUUCGCAUUGCAAGACAUUAACUAAAAACGAUAAGGGGAAAAGUCAGGCUGAGAUCUACCACCGGAAAAUAGUUUCUUGGUUUGCCGAUUACCCGCUGGCAUAUUUUGGACUCCAUAAACUGGUCAAACUUGGGAACAGUUCUGGAAAAACAGCUGGAGACUGGUAUGGGCCGGCCGUGGUCUCGCAUCUCUUGAGGAAAGCCAUUGAAGACUCUCCCGAUCCAGAGCUCCAAGGUCUGUCUAUAUACGUCGCUCAGGACUGCACAAUCUAUAGCGGUGACGUGUACGACCAGCAGUGUUGCUCGGGCAGUGAAAAGGCUGUGCUGAUUCUCGUUCCCGUGAGACUUGGAGGUGAAAGAACCAACGUGGACUACUUUGAAUUUGUGAAGGGAAUUCUGAGCCUUGAAUAUUGCGUUGGAAUUAUUGGUGGCAAACCGAAGCAGUCCUAUUACUUCGUGGGCUUUCAAGACGACAGUUUGAUUUACAUGGAUCCUCAUUACUGCCAGUCUUUUGUGGACGUCAGCAUAACGGAUUUUCCUCUCGAGUCAUUCCAUUGCCCUUCCCCUAAGAAGAUGUCUUUCAAGAAAAUGGAUCCAAGCUGCACAAUCGGAUUUUAUUGCAGGAACCCCAAAGACUUCGAGAAAGCGACAGAAGAACUUACAAAGGUGAUGAAGUCUUCAACGAAGCCGAGUUACCCCUUAUUUACGUUUGUGAACGGACAUGCCCGGGACUUUGAUUUCGUCAGCUCUCCGGUCUACGAACGAAGUGCUGUUUUCACACAAGACGAAAGGAAAAGUUUAAAGCGAUUCAGCACGGAGGACUUUGUCUUACUGUAAGACCUUCUGGCAUCAGGAUCCUGGCAGCAGCCAUCGGUGCUCUCCUAUUCCUCUGAAAACACUAGAUUUUUUUUUUAUUUAGUUUUUAAAUUAAGAUUUUAAGGUUUUUAAUGCCCUGAGGGAGCCUUUUUAACUGUUGCAUUUAUGGAAAUGUAAUAGUAAUUCCGACAAGGUAAGUUAAUUGAUUUGUAGCGGGUAGCCGCGUAGUUACCGUGAUAGAACGGAGUCACUGUGAUCUGUGCAUAGCCUUGUUGUGUGUGUGUGUG